ACAUUUACUGCCUGGAGAGCUUUGGGCAAUGAGGCGACGCUGUAUGACCCAACAUGCCUUUGAGUCAAGAAUGAGGAAAGGCGUUCGAGUUGGGAAGUGGAAGCGGGUGGAAACACAGAAGACAAGUCGCCUCCGUUACUCCUCCAGUCAUGGGCAACCUUUCAGACCGUCUCGUGAUUUUGUUUCUCUUCUUCUCAUCGGCAUCAAAGGUUUUCGGUUCCAACAUCUGUACGUCACAAGGAGUCACCACCUGUCGUCAGUGCAUGGCUGUGCACCCUCGAUGUGCCUGGUGCUCUAAGGAGGAAUACGGGAAGGGGGGGUCGGGUGCAUCCCGCUGUGACUACAAAGAGAAUCUGCUAAAAGGAGGGUGCAGUCCGGCAGCUGUGGAGUUCCCAUCCAGCACCCUGAACAUUUACGCGGAUGCCCCACUCAGCGGCAAGGCCUUGGGCAAAGCUGAUGACGUUAUCCAGAUAAAGCCUCAGAAGCUCGGCAUCACCCUACGACCAGGAGAUUCCCAGCGCUUCACCGUGUCAGUGAAACAGGCGGAGGAUUACCCAGUGGACCUCUACUAUCUGAUGGAUCUUUCCUAUUCAAUGAAGGAUGACUUGGUUCGCCUUCGCACAUUGGGCAAUGAGCUUUCCGCCACCAUGGGCCAGACCACAAGCAAACUGCGCAUGGGGUUUGGAGCCUUUGUGGACAAGACCACCAACCCUUACAUGUACACCAGCCCCGCGGAAGCAGUAGAAAACCCUUGCUAUGGAAUUGGUGAUAAAUGCCAGGCCCAGUUCGGGUUCAAGCAUGUGUUGUCACUGACGGAGAAGGUGGCUCGCUUCACUGAGGAGGUGGAGAAACAGCAGGUGUCUAGAAACAGAGACGCUCCGGAGGGUGGUUUUGAUGCUGUUAUGCAGGCUGUGGUGUGCAAGGACAGGAUUGGGUGGCGUCCAGAUGCCUCACACCUUUUGGUUUUCACCACUGAUGCCAAGACUCACACCGCUCUGGAUGGACGUAUAGCUGGAAUCGUCCAGCCCAAUGAUGGAAAAUGUUACCUUGAUAAUGAGAAUGUUUACAACAAAUCUACUGUGCUGGAUUAUCCUUCCCUGGCGCUCAUGACCGAGAAAAUGUCUGAAAAUAACAUCAAUUUAAUUUUUGCCGUGACGGACUAUGUGUUUCCACUUUACACGAAUUACAGUCAGCUCAUUCCAGGCACAACUGUGGGAACACUGUCCGAUGACUCUGGGAAUGUCAUCAAGCUCAUCGUGGAUGCUUACGCUAAAAUCCGCUCCAAAGUGGAGCUGGAGCUACUGGGAGUCCCAGAAGAGUUGCAUCUCUCCUUCAAUGCCACUUGCCUGAAUCAGGAAGUCAUUCCUGGACUUAAAUCCUGCUCCGGCCUCAAGAUUGGAGACACAGUGUCGUUCAGUGUGGAGGCUCAGCUGCGUAGCUGUCCCACAGAGAAGAGCCACUCCUUUACCAUCAAGCCUCGAGGUUUCAAGGACUCCUUGGAGGUCACCGUGGACUUCGCCUGUGGCUGCGACUGCGAGGCGGACGCCAAGGCCGACAGCCCCCUCUGCAGCCACGGCAACGGGACCUUCGAGUGUGGGGUGUGCCAGUGUCACCCGGGUCGCCUAGGUCCGAGUUGCGAGUGUUCGGUGGAGGACUACAGUCCAUCCGAUGACGCAAACUGCAUCCCGAAGCCGGGGGCAGCGAUCUGCAGCGGGAGAGGAGACUGCUUGUGCGGACAGUGCUCCUGCCAUAAAAACGAGUUCGGUCAGGUUUGGGGCAAAUACUGCGAAUGCGACGACUUCAACUGCCUGCGCUUCAAGGGGGAACUGUGCUCCGAUCAUGGAAAGUGUAGCUGUGGCCUCUGCCAGUGCGACGCGGGCUGGAAAGGAGAGAACUGUAACUGCAGCACAGUCGUGGACACCUGCAUGUCCACCAUCGGCCUGCUGUGCAGCGGCCGCGGCAGCUGCCAGUGCGGCGCCUGUCAGUGCACGCAGCCUGGGGCCUACGGAGAUACCUGCGAGAAAUGCCCCACUUGUCCGGAUGCCUGCACAAUCAAAAAGGAGUGUGUUGAGUGUCAACACUUCAAGAGAGGACAGUACAUCGACGACAACAGCUGCAGUAUCAUCUGCAAAAAUGAAAUUAAUUUAGUGGAGGAACUGGUUUUCCAUGAUGCGAGCGCAGUGAAUUGCUCCUACAAAGAUGAGAAUGACUGCGUGGUGCACUUCCAGUAUUACGAAGACGGAAGCGGAAAAUCCAUUCUGGAUGUGGUCAAGGAGCCAGAGUGUCCUCAGGGCGCAGACAUUUUGGUGGUGCUCCUGGCUGUGGCCGGAGCUAUUCUGCUACUGGGCCUCAUUGGACUGCUCAUCUGGAAGCUGCUAGUCACCAUCCACGACCGCAGGGAGUUUGUCAAGUUUGAAGAGGAGAGAGCCAAAGCCAAAUGGGAUACGGCUAACAAUCCUUUGUACAGGGGAGCCACCUCCACCUUCACCAAUGUAGCAUACCGAGGCAACUAACGACGAAAUGCAACGAGGAAAAGCUCAGGGUUCAGCGACAGAGACGGAAUGUAGUGGAGAAAUGGAUAAAACUAGUCAAUGCUGUCAGUUACGGGAUGUAAUGAUUGUAGAUCCGGUUAAAAAAAAAAAACUAAACCUGUAAAUUGUAAAUUGACUGUAAAUUGCUUUUUCUGUUCUACACUAUGUCAUGUCAUUUUAGUACAUGCUGGUGGAAUUUCCUGAACAGAAUCAAUUUAGGAUGUUUGGCUCACAUUAAAGUAGAAAUAUCAAGCAUCAUGACUUAAUAGUGAUGAGUCAGUAUGGGAAGUACAUUCAUGAACAAAGUUCUCUUCAGGGUCCUCAACCAUGUGGGUUGUAUUAUCUAAACCUAGGCUGUUUUUUGAAAAUGUUUGGGUUAGAGUGCAUUUUUUUGUAAAGUUUGCUUUACUCUUGCCUUGAGGGGCAAUUCCAGAUGAACCACAGGACCUCUUAUAAGUAAAUAUCAAAUCUAUACCAUAGUAUAAAUUGUUAAAACAAGCUUGAAGGGUUUGAAUGUACAUGACCAAUUCCCUUGUUUUCUAAUGAAUAAGUUAGCUUGUGGUAAUGAUUUGUGGAGUAUCAGUUUACAGUAAAAGGGAGUAAAUCCACUUAUUUACAGCCUCAUGGCUGACUUAAGGUGAUCUGUGUGGUGUUUAUGGUUUUUUAAGUGCAUGUCAGCAGUGGUAAGUGGUACUCUUUAACUACCAUUGACUUUAAUAGCAUUUGUUUGGCUUAUUUCAUUUUUAUCUUUGUUUUUAUCUUAUUGUGAUCAACACUGUGUUACUGGUGAAUUCAUUUGUUCAUAUAUAAGCAGAUUUUAUAGACCAUCAAAUGAUAUUGGUCAUGAUGUCUGGUGAUUGUUGAUAACAAAAACUUACUAUUGCUCUUUUGCAUUUCUUUUUUUAAAUGCCUUGGGUUUAACUCCAGUUCAUUACACAAAGGGUAAUGUAUAUAGAUGAGUUGCACCUGUCUCUGACAACAUUUGCCUUUAUGAUCAGAUUAUAAUCAGAUUCACAUUACAAAAGUAACUGAUAAAUAAUUAUUUCAGAUCUAUAGCAAGUCAUCUAAAAAAAUGUGUUGCCUCUUAGUUUCAGAGAGACACACAACUAAUGGGUUCCAGUUGGCCUCAUGUCCACCGCAGAGGCGCCACUGAGCGAGGCACUGGAUCCCCAAAACGCUCUGCAGGCGCUUCGUAGUAUCUGCAGCCUUUUCCCAAUACGGGUUAUUGCAAAGAGUGAAUCUCACUGUGUGCUGCGUUGUUUACAUGUGCAUAUUUUCAACAGUUUCACUGUGAUGUUAAAACGGAUGUCAGUGUGAACAGCAAUAUCCUUGGACCACAUUCUAUCACAACUGUUAUAAUUAAUUGUAUCACGUCAUCGAAUGACGUUGCACUUUGCACUUUCCUUCCCAUUCCGCAGCAUGUCUUAGUCACCAUAUCCUGUUGCACCCAGCUCCAUGAGUCUACUCACUGUGUGUGGAAUCCAGUUGUGUUUUACACCCUAUUCAUUGGUACCUUAGUUUCCCUUGGAGAUAAAAGUGUACAUUCAUCCCAGUUGUCUAUUAUUUCCUCUUAAAGCUGACCUUAAGUUUCAAGUUGCAUAAUAGAAUGUGUUUUACGUCUUAGCUGGUUACCAGUACACCAAGAAUGCAGCUAAACAAGUAUACUUUGGUUGCCAUGGACAUGUUUUUUAUCCUCAUUAUUUUGCUAAUAGGUGAUUGGUCUGGUGGCUUUUAAUUGUAAUAGCUAUGUCAACACAUAAUUAACCCCCUUUCUCAAUGUAGCAAAUACAGCUUUAGGGUUGCUCUUGCAAUGCAUGGAGAUGUUCGAUAUGUGUGCAGCAAUGUAGAAUAGUCUAAUUUCUCUUAAUGUAUGCGCUGUACAAAGUCAAAAAUCAUCCUGAAAUUAAAAAAUGA